AUGGCUCCCCGAAUGCUCUGGCCGAGGGCCUUAAAAGCCUCAUGUAAAUAUGGCUCCAAUCCCGCGCUCCUCCUUGCCAGGACCUUCUCGGCCACAGCCAGGCGGGCAGAGAUCAACAAGGUCUAUCCCUCUGCAGCUGAGGCCCUGAAAGAUAUGAAGGGCGACAGCACUCUGCUCUGCGGUGGAUUCGGCCUCUGCGGUGUGCCAGAUACGCUCAUCAACGAGGUCGCCAAGAAGGGGAUCAAGGGGAUCACAGCCGCCUCAAACAAUGCGGGUACCGACAACAGCGGUCUGGGCAAGCUCCUCAAGUCUGGGCAGAUCAAAAAGAUGAUCGCUUCAUAUAUUGGAGAAAAUAAGACCUUUGAGAGCAUGUAUCUGAAUGGACAGGUCGAACUGGAGCUCACGCCCCAAGGAACGCUUGCAGAGCGGUGCGCCGCUGGAGGCAAAGGUAUCCCGGCAUUUUACACUCCCGCUGCCUACGGCACCGUUGUGCAAACGGGCGAGCUACCGGUGCGACACAGGCCCGACGGUACACCUGAACUCUACAACCCUCCAAAGGACGUCAAGGUGUUCAAUGGGAAAUCGUACCUGCUGGAACACAGCAUUGCGGGAGACUACGCCUUUGUCAAGGCAUACCGCGCCGACAAGCUCGGUAAUUGCCAGUUCCGCCUCGCUGCCCAGAACUUCAACGGCGCCAUGGGCCGCAAUGCUAAGAUGACCAUCGUGGAGGCGGAGGAAAUUGUCGAGCCGGGAGAGAUCCCGCCCGAGGCGGUCCAUCUCCCCGGCAUCUACGUCAAGCGCGUCAUCAAGAGCACGGCGGAGAAGGGCAUUGAGAAGUACACAUUCGCACAGGACCCCAACGACCCUGACUCAAAAGCCAAGAGCGCCCUGGGGACUGGUGAGACGGCGGCAAAGCGAGAACGCAUCGUUCGUCGCGCCGCCAAGGAGUUUAAGAAUGGCAUGUAUGCUAAUCUGGGAAUUGGCAUGCCUAUGCUCGCGCCCAGCUUCGUCGGGCCCGAGGUCGAAGUCCAGCUUCAGAGUGAAAAUGGGAUUCUGGGACUUGGACCCUAUCCCCAACGUGGGCAAGAAGACGCCGACCUGAUCAACGCGGGCAAAGAGACUGUCACGUUGAAGCCGGGCGCAUCUGUCUUUGGCUCCGAGGAGAGCUUUGGCAUGAUCAGAAGCGGCAGGAUUGACCUGACCAUCCUCGGCGCGAUGCAGGUCAGUGCCCGGGGUGAUCUAGCUAACUGGAUGCUCCCUGGAAAGGUCAAGGGCUUCGGAGGUGCGAUGGAUUUGGUAAGUAACCCUUCCAAGACGAAGGUUGUGGUCACCAUGGAGCAUACGGAUAAGAAGGGCAACCCAAAGAUCUUGAAGCAAUGCGCGUUCCCUCUGACCGGGAAGGCAUGCGUUUCGAGAAUCAUUACUGAACUUGCCGUCUUUGAUGUGGACUUUGCUCAUGGGCUGACGCUUAUCGAAAUUGCGGACGGUGUGACAGUGGAUGAAGUCAAGGCCAAGACCGAGGCUCCCUUCACCGUAGCAGAGGACCUGAAGCCUAUGCUUUGA